AUGACGUACUGCCCCAUUACGCGAAAGGAGUUGGAGAGGUACCUUCCGAACUUCGAUCCUCUCCUUGACCCGCAAAUUGGGGAAUGGGUGCUUGUAACCCCGGAGCGUCGCUUUGCUAUCCUUGGUCCACUCUUGCAGUUUGUCCAAGAACAUGCGAUUAAACCAAUCUAUCCAUUUCUUGACAAUAGUGAACCAUCAUCUGCCCCCGUGACGACCUUUAAUUUUUGCAAAGAAGACUCACCUAAAACACUGGGCGAUCCAUCUAAGGUGUUCCCCACGCUGAGUGAAGUGUGGCGGAGGUACCGCCGUCGUCGGUUCCACAUUUCUGGCAUGGACGAGGAUGGAAUCGGAGAGGAGGAGGAAAAUGAUGACACGAUACUGUACCUAAAUCCACGGGCCCUGUUGCUCACACCGUGUGCUCCAGCCGUGUUUGGGGGCUCUGAUUUUAUUGAAGGAUUGGAUAGGGAAGGUGAGCGGGUGGUGUUCGUAAACUGGAAAACAGGGGAGACUCGCACCGAUAGCGGGGUGUUGAAGCCGGCUCCGAUUCCAGCAUGGGCAGAAGAUGUUGCGGAAAAGGCUGCCAUGGAGUGGGAGUCAUGGAAGAAAUGUGUGAUUCCUCCCUCAUCAACCAGAGAGUGA